CACAUUCGACGCCGGCGUUGUGACGUGUGGUUGUUUGCGACGGGAGGCGCAGGAUCAUGGGAGUGGCGGUUGUUUAAGAUGGCGAAAGCUGCGAAUUCGGUGAGUGAAGUUUUCUGGAGCAGAGAUCCAUCAGAUGAAGAACAGUCUGUGGUGAUUGUACCAGGAUUGUUGAUGGAGGGAAAUAUCAGACCUGAAAGAGAUGGUGUGAGAUGGUGCAAAAUGCAAGAAGUUAGAGCAAAACUCCCACAACACUCUGAUUCUGCCUUUUUGAAUCCUCUGAAGAUUAGACCUGUAAAGCCAUCCAUGUCGAAUGAGGUUAUUAAUGAAAAGCGGGGGUCCAAGACUGCAUCUUUGAAGGACCUCUGCCCAGAGGACAAGAGGCGCAUUGCUAAUCUAAUCAAAGAGCUUGCAAGGGUAAGCGAAGAGAAAGAAGAAACUAAAGAACGAUUAAAGGCUGAACAUGAAACAUUUGAGAAGAAAAUCAAAGAGCUGGAGGAUCAGAAUGGCCUAAUUGCUACUGAGCGGGAAGCCUUGAAGAAGCAGCAUAAAAAGUGCCAAGAACUAUUGACUGUUUACCAGAAUUAUCUGUCUGAACAGAAAGAGAAACUGAAUCAAUCGUUGCAUGAAUGCAACAAUGGGAAACUAGAGGUAAUCGCCGAGAAGAACCCCCCAGAUGCUUCAAUCCCAGAUGGCCUCCACCUGGGAAUUGCACCUUCUUGUACAUUAAAUGCUGUUGAUAAAUCUAAGCAUGUGCAUGUUGGUCCAUCUCUAGAACCUUGCCCUCGAUGUGACCUUGGCCAUUAUUUCCCAAACCACAAUGUUCUCAAUCGAGUUCACUCUCCGGGCAGCCUUCCAGUCCAGAAUGGUUGCAUGAAAAAGACUGAAACUUCAACUCACGGAGAGCCAAUUGUAGUAAGGCAUUACAACAUGAAAGACGUGCAAGCUGGUCCAUCCAGUUUUACUUUUGAUACUGUUCUUAAUCAAUCUCAGUGUGAAUGGUCAAAGGGAAAGACUCAUAGUAGAAAUCAAUUCACUGAUGGACAUAACUUUAGGAAUUUCAGGCCGUUAAUGGCACAAGACCCAAUCUCGGGAACACUUUGUGAUGCAGCAGUAAAAAGUCAAAUAGGAAUGAUGACAGGAGAAGUUUUGUAUGGACAGAAAGUGUUUGUAGACCCAAAGCAGCAUCUACUGUGUCAGAAAAAGGAGCUGGAGCUGGAGAAAGAAACGCUGCAGAAAUUGCUCGCUCAACAGGAGUCUCUGCUCCUUUUAAAGCAACAGCAGCUACAAGAGUCCGUGUUGGAUUAUAGCAGGUCCAAGCAUCAUCUAUCGGAAACAGAAGACAUGACAUAUGGUGAGGUUCCAACAACCAAAGCAAGGAUUUCUUUACCAAAUUUGGCUGGAUCCACUGAGAGGUAUUUAAAAUCAGAAGAUCAUCUUUGCAAUGCCCAUUUGGAAGGAAACAUUAAGACAUCAACUACAGAACCCUGGGAAAGAUUACAUGCUGGAAACAAAAUAGCAUCUUUUGAUCCAGAAUUGAAUACUUUUAGGGGUACAGCUUUAUAUUCUGCUGGAGACAUGAGUAGACAACAAAUAGGGACUACUUCACUUGCUAAAAAGGAUGUGGCUACUUCUCCUGGGUCAGUUUUCAAAAAGGACGAACAAGUUAACAUGGCGACAUCACCCAUUUGGCCUGAAUCACUGAGCUACGAAGCCUCUCUUGUUCAUUUGGUGGAUACAUCAAGACCGGUUUCCUCACAAAAGCAUAAUUCGCACAUCAAAGAAAUAUAUAUUACACCAAGAAAAAGCAACUUAAGUCUAAGUGGAUACCACCAAAACCCCAUUAAAUCUGGAGUAGCUCCAACACAUAGUGAAGAUUCAGAUGAAGAACUUGAAGAAAGCAGAAUGCUGGAAGACAUUUUCUUCAUUUAACAAGUGUGGAAAAAUGUUAUUGGCAUUAUGAAACUAUCAUGUUUUCUUUUUUUAGUUCUCUUAUUAAAACUGUGCAGUCUUGUUAUGUAUUUUUGUUCAAUUGCGAGGUUACUUUUACCCUUUCAUUUUGACUGAGUCAAGGGGGUAGACAUUUUAAGUUGAUCAAUAAUGCUAAAUGAACAUUAAUGUGUUUCCUUUUGUGCUCCCCUCUCAAUAUUUGUUUCAAUUGUUUUCAGUGAAACCAACUAUUGGAAGGGAGUGCACUGGGUCCUAAGGUGUUUGUUCAAUGCAAACAAUCAGAGGUAAAUUUCUACCUCAAAAUGUGAUGUGUUGUAUAACUCCAAUAUAUAAGGUGUACAAUAUACAAAUACUCCAACUUUCCAAGGAUUGUUUGAAAAUGUCCACUUUACAAUGUACAGUACACUUUAGAAAACGGUAUACUGAAGGAUAUCUUUUAAAUGUUAAUUGCCUUUUUAAUUCUGUUGCCUCAUCAUAAAUGCUGCUAAUUCAUGUGAUCUAAAUAGGAAGAAAGAACCAAUAAUGCAUUUUUGCAAUAAUUAUGUUUAGCAACCAGGUCAAAGAAUAUUGGCAAGCAAAUCCCCCAAAAUGACUGAAGUCAUCAGGCACUUUUUCUUUACAGUUAUGAAUUGUUCUUAAACAUCAGAGGCUAUGGUAUGCAUUAGAUUUUCUUUAAAUGCUCAUACUGUGAUAUUAAUUCAAAAUUUCUCUCUGUAUAUGCUGGUUCUGUAGACUGAGCAAAAUAUGUGGAGUGAAAUUAUAAUUCUUGACUGAACUCUGAGAUAAUAUUUACAGAUUAAAAAACACUAGAAUUAAUUGGUCUGAAACUAUCUCAAACGCAAUCGAUAUGAUAGUUCUACUGUGGUAAAGGAUUUGGUCUUAUUUUUUUUAACAGUCUUUGCAUAAUCUAAUUUAAACACUUGAAAAGACACUUCUGAGUAUUGAUCUAUGGAAUGUGUGGCUCAGAAAUGUGCCUCAGCAGUGACUUCAAUGGACCACUUAAUACUGCGAUCUUUACACUUUUGCCAGCUAUCUUGUGGUUGCUGAGACAGAAUGCAAUUUGUUAGUAAUUAGGAUUAGUAUCGAAUUUUGAGCUCCUUUCAUUUCAGAAUUAAACACAGGCUAACCAGACCUAAUUAACACUUCACUUACUUACAGCAAAUUGAAAGAUCUCUACUUUCUCAGUGUGGGCUAAAGUUGAACCAAAGUCCCAGAGUUGAAUGAUGGAUAUCAAACUUGCACUAUUCAAUUUUCAGAAUUAGUUAUCUAGGACACUGUUUGAACUUAUGUUUUAUGAAUCUUAAUUAACUAACCCACAUUCCUAAAAAGAGAAAUGUUAUGCGUGAAAUAAAUAUAUAUGUAUAAUAUAUAUAUGUACCCUUAUAUUAUAUAUAUAUAUAUAUAUAUAUACCCUUGUGAGAAAGAUCAACAUCUGUAAUGGUGUUCUUUUGUUGAGUAUUACUUAACUUUGGUACAUGCAGCAUUUUUAAAAUGGACUAUGCUUGCAUAAAGUAAAAGACAAGAUGUGAAUAUUUAAUAUGAAUUACUGGCAAUGAAUUCAAAUUGACGCAAGGUGGUGAACUGAAUGUUCAACAGUUCAGAUGAAUGUGUUUUCCAUGUUGGGAAUUUAACCUUAUAUCACAAACCAGCUGACUGGAUGCAAUCUUUUUGAAUUCCAGCGAUGGUCCAGAUUAUUGGGUAGCAUAAAUAGGUUUAACAUGAGGAACAUUCGGAUAACCUUUUAUCUUGCUCACUGAAUGUAAAUUACUACAUUGUCACCUGUCCUUUACUGAUGUUGACUUCUUAAAUGUAAUUAAAUUUCACACUCGGUAAUCCAACAAGUAUAACCAGUAAUUGCAUAGUUUGUCCAGAAUAAAUUUUAUACUUUGAUGAUGUUUUCCUGUUGGCUUGCCUGAAGAGGGACAGCAUGUUGAGAACUGUUCAUAACAAGUUACAUGCAAUUUUAGGUUUUAAAAAAUAAAGUAAAGAAUUAAAAGAUCAUGCAUUUUUCAGUAGAAUGUAGUUCCUACCCAAUUAAAGUUUUUUGAAAUAUACCAUCCGCUCUAUCGGCAAAAUUGCGGCUGGUAUGUUAAUGUCAUCCCGGAAACAGUUUUGAUUAAAUCACUAUUAUUUUGGAGAUGUGUGAGGAAUAAUUAGUGGAAGAAUUUGGAAAAUAAAUUCACCUGUCAUUGCGUCUAACAAACUGGUGGGGUAGGAUGGCGAUGGAUUACACACUGAGAAUUACACUGUCUAAACACCAUGCGGUACUCUCUCUGAGCUAGACUUCCUGGUUUAUGAUAACUUCCUGUAUAACAGGAAAGGUAACUCAAAGCUGUAGGAACCGGAAUAUCCAACAGGUGGCAUUAAUGCAUGUAAACAGAAUGUGGUCCAGCACAGUACUACUGAUGAUGAUGCAUUGAAGAGUCGGUCUUGAUUCGGUGCUCAAGUCCCUAGGUUGAGACUUGAAUUGAAAGCAUCUGACUUGAAAACAACUGGAAACCAAGCCAAAAAUUGGAGGUCCAGUCUUAUCGUUUUAUUAAGAACACAAGUGAUGUGCUGUCGUGUAGCACAUUGGCCCAAUGUAAAUAUAACAUAUUUUCUCCUUGAAUAUCACUGUUGCCAAAAGCGCCCAGAGUAACAUGAUUAUCCAAAUUAAUGUGAGCUCCAAAUUAAUAAUUAUUAUAACACCAUUUGUUGGUCAUAAGGGAGUACCAAAAAAUGCUGCUUGGAUGAGGCUAUUUAAAAUAUUUGCCUUUAAUGUUUUCACUACUUGGUCCAUAGCAGUAUUUUUAAGAAUUUUAUUUAACAAAGUAAGGUAUUAUCAUGAGGUUAACAUAUAAUAAUGAAACAAUGCUCCAUACUAAAUCUAAGGUUCGCACUAAACUUUUAGAUUUCUCCAUUAAUGUGUUCUACAUUUAAGAGAAGAUUAAAAAAAUGUUCAAUUUGGGUGUUUUUUUAGAUUUCAUAAUUUGUUUGCAGCUGAUAUUUUCUCUAAAUGAGCAACCCUGGGGAAAAGGUCGUUUUCUACAUGUGUUUUACUGUCAUUGUUCAUUGAAAUAAACAUAAAAUGGUGUUCUUGGACUUUGCCAUUUCCCCCUUUUAACAUCUGUAUUUAUAUCAGAUUGCACAUGCCCAUGAAAAUAUUGGAUUCUUGUGGAGAGUGCAAAAUAAAUUAAUUGGAAGAGGC